AUGGCGGCGCGGCCGUGGCUGCUGCUGCUGCUGCUGCUGCUGGCGGGGACCCCGCGCUCCGCCCGCGCCUGUCCCGGGACCCCCGGCCCGGGGGCUCCGCGUGGUGGGGGGAUGCUCGGGGUUGGGGGGUCUCUCUCCGGUUCCAGGACCGCUGUGAGCCCCGGUUCUCCCCCGCCUCAGGCCGCCGCCCCCCCGGGGCCGCCCCCCGGGGCCGCCGCGCUGGCAGCGCUGCUCCGCUCCCUGCAGCGCCCCGGGGCCCCCCCGGCGCCGCGCAGGUCGGGCUGGGGGCCGCAGGGGGGGCCCCGGGCCCGGCUCAGCCCCCGCAGCUGGGACCCCCCUGCGGCCCCGUUCUGGACCAUGGCGACCCCGCAGCGCUUCGGCCGCCGCCGCUGA